AUGUCUAACACAACAAGAAGUACACGUCCUGUAACUCGAGCAUAUGCAGCCCAACAUCAAAUAAAAAUUGACCCAUUGCCUCCUGCUAGUCAUCAUCCUGAACCGAGUCGACGUCGAACAAGAAAUAGAAAUAACAGUAUAACUUUAUAUCAAAGGAGACACUCGUCACGAAGGCAGCGAGGUGCAUCUUCUCAGCAAUCUCGAGCUCAAAACCAACAACGAAAAUUGACACUCGCACAAAUAAGGGAAAAAUCUUCCUCACCUCAACAAGAAGAACUUGAAAUUCAACAUAGGCGAUAUAGGCAAUUGACACCUUACUAUGUUCGUGAAGAAUCAAACCAGCAAACAUCCUCUCCUCAAUAUUUACAAACUAUACCUGAAUCACCACGUCAAUUGCAUGAAAGAUUGCAUGAAAGUGGGCCGAUCAUUACGUCCGCUACGGGUGUUAGUCAUGAUGAAUGGUUUAAUUAUAAUGAUAGUCCCGAUCUCACCGGCCAAAAUCCUGAAGAGUUUGAUUCAUAUUCGUAUGAUGCAUCGCAAUCACAAUCUCCCGAAUUUCUGUCAACAAGCACGCAACCUAUACGAGAUGAAGAUCAAAUUGAGAUAGAAUUUCAACCAGAACAACCACAAUUCGUGGAACCUUUAAGCAUUAUUAGGUACAAUGCGUUUUAUUAUGAAGAUGACUAUGGUCAACCAAUUACCCGACCAUUUCAAAGACGACAACUAGUACCUGCAAUUGCUGAUGUAGAAGGAUCUUUAAUCCGAAAUUCGACAAGUUAUCCACAAAUAAAUAACGUUCGCAGAAAUAGUCAACAAAAUAAUUCUCACCAUCCAAACGGAAUUUCACACGAAAAUUGA